AUGGCGUACCCGUCUCUUCCAACAAAUCUUCCCCCGGCGACGCCGCAGAAACCCCUUCCUGGGACGUACUUCCAGACUCCAGCGCCAGUGUCUGGAACCCUCCAGGUCAAAUCGCCGCAAACACAGACCCCUCAGACCCCUAUGCCGAAGCUCCCCCCGGCAGCAUCGCAGACCAAAAAUCAGACCUUGAGUACCGAGGAACGCGGGGCGCGAACAAUCAAUAACAGCCUGCAAAGCGAGUCGCGUUACCCAGAUCUGGACAGCUAUCUAUCACAGGGCUCUUCCUCCGAGUACAACAUUCCCGCGGCUUCAUCAUGGGCGCCAUUCCAAAAAGUCAAGAUGUACGACAUCCCCGAUCAGAUCUUCGAUCAAUAUAACCGCGCACAAGUUUCGACCAGCAUGGGUUUGUUUGCCGAGCUAAAUCACGCGUGGGUGGCCAUUGACAACGCACUGUACAUCUGGGAUUUCACACACCCAAACCCGACAUUGGUGGGAUUUGAGGACCAACCGAACAGCAUCAAUGCUGUCAAACUGACCAAGCCGCGUCCAGGUGUGUUCUUGCCGGCUAUUACUCAUUUACUUGUGGUUUCAACGACCGCGGACGUGAUUUUGCUGGGUAUGGGUUAUGAGACUACGCCGAGCGGCAGCGGCAGCGUCUCCCUGUUUCAAACUGGCAUGGCCGCCUCGGUCCGAGGCCUAGAUAUCAAUGUGUUUGCAGCUUCGCCAUCGACUGGCCGCAUUUUCUUCGGUGGAUCAUCUGAUAACGAUGUGCACGAGGUCACCUACCAACAAGAAGAACGGUGGUUCCAGGGCCGCUGCGGCAGAGUCAACCACACGAGCUCGCGCCUGUCAGCUUUCAGACCAUCAAUGAGCAUCACGAACCUUGCACAAGCUUCAUCCGAGUUUGUCACCCAGAUGGUAGUUGACGACAGCCGAAACCUUCUUUACACGCUUUCCUCCACAUCUACAAUUCGCGUCUUCUACAUGGGAUCGGACGGAUCUUUGUCCCUUGCAAUCACCAAGCGCACUCAGGAUAUUUACUCCAACAUUGGUCACAUCAUCACCUCUAAUGAAACGCUCAACCCCAGAGUUAGAAUUGUUUCAAUCAGCCCUGUGCCAAAGACGGAGGCAUCGCGGUACCACCUGGUUGCAACAACAGCGACAGGCUAUCGCAUCUAUCUCAGUGCAACCAAUUCAUACAACUGGGCCCCUUCAGAGACCGGUCCUCCCACGAGCAUGCAGGCGCUGCAUGUGAAGACACCUCCCAUUGACCUUACCCCGGAUUCGCCUUUCAAGAUUCUAUCUGUCCCGAGCCCAAUCCACACACUUGCUCCUACUCGCCUUGCCGAACGAUUCUCGCCUGGCUACUUCUUUUGUUUCACUAGCAAGGAUCCAUUGCAAAAGAUGGAUAGCCUUUUCAUCUCGACGCCUGACGCUGGCCGAGUUGCUCGUUCCCAGGAAAAUGCGGGCACCGGCAAGACGGCAGAAUCAGCUAUCAUGAUCGAACUGGGAGGCAAGGCAGAGGACAUUGGACUUGUUUCAGCACCUUCUUCUGUAGCCAAUGAGUUGGCUGUUCAAUUCGAUCACCCGGCUGCUGAGAUCGCCAUUUUGACUAACGGUGGAGUUCAUCUCAUCCGCCGACGUCGUCUCGUGGAUAUCUUUGCCUCAUUGGUCCGCAGCGGCGGUAACUCUGACGAAGGCCUGGCGGGCGAGAUCAAAAACUUCAUUCGAACAUACGGCCGGAGUGAGGCGCUGGCGACAGCUCUGGCAGUGGCUUGUGGUCAAGGCGUGGAGAUUUCUCCCGACCAGAGACUCACACGUAUCAAUGACCCUGAUGUUCUGGAGUACGCUCGCAAGGUGUUUAUUGAAUACGGUGGUCGGCCUACUGUGAACGAGAAUUCUGUGGCAGAUAACUCUACCGCCGCCAUUGACGCAGUGCAGCCUUCGCCACGACACACUGGCAUCGGGUUGUACAUUGCGCGUCUGCUGAGAUCCAUCUGGAAGAAGGAAAUCGCCAAGGUGGGCAAAGGACCCAAUGGUGCCCAGACUGUUUCAGCUGGUGUCAGCUCUGCCAAGUUGCAGACUAUCCAACAUGAUCUCAGUGCCCUCCAAACAUUCUUCAAGGUCAACAAGACUUUCAUCGAGGGACUCAGCGGACCCGAGGCUCUUGCCCGAGUGUCCACCAAGCAAGAAGAGACCGCACUGCAGGCCGAGCACCGCGCUCUCCACUCCCUUGUUCAGCUGGUCACUCACACAAUUGAGGGUAUCUCAUUUGUACUAGUGUUGUUCGAUGAGCGAGUCGAUGAGAUUGUGGCAACUCUACCCGCAGAGUCGAAAGAAAAGUUCCUGCAGCUCACCUUUGAGGAGCUGUUUAGCUCCAGCAAGGGCCAUGAUGUUGCCAAGGAGCUGGUCAAGGCCAUCGUCAACCGCAACAUUGCUAAAGGCUCCAACGUCGAGACUGUGGCUGAUGCGCUCCGUCGACGAUGCGGCAGUUUCUGCAGCGCCGACGACGUCGUGAUCUUCAAGGCGCAGGAGCUGCUCAAGCGUGCCCCUGAAGCCGGUGCCAAUACGGAACUAGGCCGCAACCUACUCAAUGACAGUCUUCAUCUCUUCCAGCAAGUGGCCGAGAACCUGCCCAUGGAUUAUCUGGUUUCGGCAGUGGAAAACUUCAUUUCCAACCAGUUCUUUGCAGGCGCCAUUCAACUCGCACUCAACGUGGCCGGCCGCUCUGACAAAUCCAACCUUGCCCUUUCCUGGAUCAUGGACCAACGCCCCGAACAGGUACGCAUCCCUUGCGCCCUAUCCAUAUCCCUGUCCCCUGGAUCUUGGACUCUGCUCACCCGUAACAAGGACACCCGCAAGGAGUACUUCUACUUCCGCAAGCAAUGUUACGACCUCGUAUUCAAGAUCGUUCUUGCAGUUGAUACGCUGGCUGCAUCUGAUCCCGGAUUCAUCGAUGGCCAGCUUACCACCAUUGCCAAACGUCAGAACGAAGCUUAUGGUGUGAUCUCAGGCUCGACAGAUGAGGUCUUUUUGACGAGCUUGUACGACUGGUAUCUCGAGCAGGGCUGGAGCGACCGAUUGCUGUCGACACAGUCGCCAUUUGUGGUCACCUACCUUCAACGCAAGUCGACUGACGAUCUUGACCAUGCUGAUCUCCUGUGGCGAUUCUACUCCCAGUCCCAAAAAUUCUUCGAGACCGCUCAAGUUCAGUUCGAUUUGGCCGUUAGUGCUUUUGCUCUCCCAUUGAGCCGCCGAAUCGAGUACCUCGGCCAAGCCCGCGCUAACGCUUCCAUUUUCACGGCCGAUGUCGGACGUCAGGCACGGCAGCGAUUGCUGCAGGAGAUCUCCAACCUCAUUGACGUGGCUAAUAUUCAAGACGAUCUACUGCAACGACUGAAGGAUGAUGAGCGAAUUGAUGCGGAUCGCAAAGUCGACGUGCUGCGCCAGGUGGAUGGACCCGUGAUGGACGUUAGUACACUCUUCAAUGAAUAUGCCGACACUGCUGGCUACCACGACAUCUGUCUUCAAAUCUUCUACUUUGCCGACCACCGAAAUUCCGCCGACAUCAAGUCAACAUGGCAACACUUGAUUCAAACGGUGCAUGACGCAACCGCCCGCAGUGGCUCACCGCAACCUUACGAAGCGGUGAUCGACAAAGUCCGCAGCCUCGGCAGUCGCUUACGCAUGUCCGAAACAGUGUUCCCGGUCCGCGACCUGGUUCCUAUGCUCGAGCGCUAUGCACUCGAAUUCCAAAGGAACGUCGGCCCAGCCACCUGGGUCGUAGAUCUCUUUUUGGAUCUUGGCGUGGCGCACGAGUCUUUGUACGCCGUCCUGGAGACCAUGUACUACACUGACGAGGCGCCCUUCCACGGCUCCAACCGGCGGUAUAUCGCCAGCGAUCUCUUGUACCUGCUCACUGGCUGGUUCCAAGAGACCGUGCGCCUGGGCGGUAUGGUCUUUGGAUCGGAUGUGGUUGCGGAGCGGAUCUCCGAGAUGCUGUUGAUCCUGCAACAGGGCAGCAAUGUUCUCAGCCAAGACGAGUUGACCACGGCUAUUGAGUUGCGGUCGCGGAUUGACGACAUCCUGCGGUGA